AAACAAAACAAAGCCCAGCAAGGGAAACCGUUCUACUGUCGGCUCCCACGAGAACCUGUGCCUUGCUCUCCGGAACAGCCAUAAAAUUGCAGGGAAAACAAAGCUGGGAGCGUUCACUCUCCCUCCACAAGUAUGGCAACAUCUGCGCAAUACAGACAGCUUAUAAAUGACUACGGACCCCCAUCUCUAGGCUAUACACAAGGGAUGCAGGGUACCAGCAGCAGUCAAGUACCGCAAAGCAAAUACGCAGAACUUCUAGCUAUCAUAGAAGAAUUAGGAAAAGAGAUUAGACCCACGUACGCUGGGAGUAAAAGUGCGAUGGAGAGGCUAAAAAGAGGCAUUAUUCAUGCUAGAGGAUUAGUUCGGGAAUGCUUGGCUGAGACGGAACGAAAUGCAAGAUCCUAGCCCGCUAAUUCAGUUGCAAGAUUUUCCAUCUCUUAAUGAAGAAAAAGUAACACUUAUUCCUUUUGACUCUUGAAACAUUCAGAUAAAUUCCUUUAUUUUGAAUGUUUUGCCUUUCUUGUUUUGCCCUUACAAAAAUGUAUAGUUAAGAAUGAGAAAACAAGGAUUUUUCAACUUACUGAGGGUUUGCAUUUUGUAAAGACGUUAAAACUCCCUGAAAUGUUUCUAAAACAUGAAAACUGAACUGCAUGCAGAGGAAUGCUCUUUCUCUCCCAGGCUAUAUUUCAGUUCUCUCCUUAUCCAGCCACAGGCUCAUUCUGUUUUUUUCCUUUGACUAUAUUCACUUAACCCCAAACUGUCAAUCUUUCAAAGUUUGACAUAAGCUCUAAGGAUUUUUUUUAAUAAAUGCAGAAUAGCAUGCUGUACCUAGUAGUCUGCUAAGUCACAAUUUGUCAUACAGCAUAGACCCUGCUUAGAAAUAACCUUCCCCUUCUCUUAUUUUUCCUUCUUUGUUCGUUUUGCAUAAACAUUUGCAUGACUGUUAGUGCUUUGAAGUCCAUUUAAAGUGCAUGAGUUAUAUGGAAAAUAGGGAAACCUAUUAAAUAAUAACAAGGUCCUGGAAAGCUAAUUUCUGCAUUAAGGCUGGAGAUUUCAGUUUAAAGUUUGCCAAAAAAAGAAAAUUCUGGAUAAAUGACUAAAACUGUUAUUUGCAUCUUUGUAUGUAUUUAUUACUUGACGUAAUAAAGCUUAUUUUCAUUAACAGUUUGUAUUAAAA